CUUUCUGCCAUUGUCAACAACCUCCUUAAAGAUAGGAAUGAUGAUUGGAAAUCUGAGCCUUUUGAUUUCCUCAUCGGUGGAGAAUUCAUCAGGAUGUCACUCGAGGAGUUCCUCCUUGCAAAGAACAUUUCUACAGAGAAAAUAUUAGAUAUUGAAUACAUUAAGGCGGUGGUCCCAAGGAGAGAAGAAGAACCUUCUGUACACGAUGAUUGGGUCAGUGCUGUUGAUGGUUCAAACCCCAAGUUCAUUUUAACAGGUUGUUAUGAUGGUCUUGGAAGGUUAUGGAAAGCUGCAAGAUAUUGUAGUCACAUAUUGGAGGGGCACGCAACUGCAGUUACAGCUGUUUGUGUUGUUAAGCCCAAAG